AUACAUGCUUUCAAAAUAUGUAAUGGUCCACUGGUUAACAGUAUACUUCUAAUAGUGUAAAUACUAAUAUUAGUAUUUUAUGACGCUGUACGUUUUCUAACUCGUAGAGGGGUAUCACGGAUCGGGGCAUUGGGUUCUCAACAAAGUAAGGUGUCGACCCAGUAAACACCAUGGCUAUACAUAUACCUGGUUUGAUUGCCAUCAUUAUAUUUUAUUUAUUAAUAUUGGGUGUUGGAAUAUGGGCAUCAAGAAAAAAUAAAAGUAACAGUAGUGCGGAUAGUGAAGAUAUGAUGUUGGCGGGAAGGAAUAUUGGUAUAUUUGUCGGCAUGUUUACUAUGACAGCUACCUGGGUUGGAGGCGGUUACAUCAAUGGCUCUGCUGAAAUCGUUGCUGAUUUUGGUCUACUUUGGUGCCAGGCCCCAUUUGGUUAUGGCUUAGCUCUCAUCUUUGGGGGAUUAUUUUUUGCUGAAAAAUUAAGAGAAAAACGGUAUGCCACCAUGCUGGAUCCGUAUCAAAGAGAAUAUGGAGAUUUGAUGGGCGCCCUUUUAUAUUUACCAGCUUUAUGCGGGGAAACAUUUUGGUCGGCUGCCAUAUUGAACGCUCUAGGUAAUACUCUAGCUGUAAUAUUAGAUCUAGAUACAAAUAUAGCCAUAAUAGUAUCAGCUAUAAUAGCUGUAUUAUAUACCAUACUAGGAGGGCUGUAUUCGGUAGCUUAUACGGAUGUCGUUCAGCUUAUCUGUAUGUUUAUAGGAUUGUGGUUAAGUGUACCUUUUGCUUUAACUCACCAAUCUGUAGAAUCUAUAACUAUUAAUGCUACAACUAAUUGGAUAGAACCAGUUGAGUCAGCUUACAUAGGAGUAUAUAUUGAUGGAUUUUUGUUGUUAAUACUUGGUGGUAUACCAUGGCAGGUAUAUUUCCAAAGAGUUUUAUCAUCUCGUAAUGUGAGAAUUGCCAAAAUUUUAUCGUACGCAGCAGCUGUUGGCUGUGCUGUUAUGGUUAUUCCUGCCAUUUUAUUGGGAGCUGCUGGAGCCUCAGCAGACUGGACAAAGACAAGUUAUCCCAAACCUGAAGAUGUAUCAAAAAACUGGAGUAUGAUUCUACCAUUGGUAUUAAGAUAUCUCUGUCCUGAUUGGGUGGCAUUUAUUGGUCUUGGUGCUGUAUCGGCUGCUGUUAUGUCAUCUACCGAUUCAUCUAUUCUGUCAGCAAGUUCCAUGUUCUCCAGAAAUGUAUUUGCUGUUAUUUGGCUAAAAAUCACUGGCCGUAAGGCUAAAGAAAUCGCCGUAGUAUGGGUUAUGCGAGGCGCACAAAUUGUGAUAGCGGCAGCAGCAACACUAAUGGCGAUAUACAUCAAAUCCAUAUAUUAUCUAUUUUACUUAUGUUCAGAUUUAGUUUAUGUUAUAUUGUUUCCCCAGCUCACGUGCGUUGUAUAUUUUAAGUAUUCUAACACAUAUGGUUCAUUAAUGGGAUUUAUUCUAGGUUUGCUGUUCAGAGUGUUGGGCGGAGAGCCGAAUCUUGGAGUUCCUCCUACGAUUUUAUUCCCCUGGUAUACCACAGAGCAGUUAUUUCCCUUUAAAACCUUGUCGAUGUUAAUAGCGUUGAUAUCUAUUUUGUCCGUGUCGUCGUUAACACACUACCUUUUCACGGCCAAGAUUUUACCCAAAAGUAUGGAUAUAUUUAAAUGUUUUGAAGAUAAACAGAAAAAUGAAAUAGAAUUCCAGGAGCCACCACACAACAAAGCACAAGGAAAAGAUAAUCCAUCUUAUAAUGAACAUCCUGAUUUUUAUCCACAAAAAGGCAAAUCCUUUGAUCUCACUUCUAAUUAAACAAUAUAAUAUUUUCAUUCCCAGCAUUUUGCAAUUUGAAAGUUCGGAAAGAAAAUAAAUUUGUGGGUGCAUCGGGGAGUGUUUUGUAAAGGAAGGCGCCUAGACAACAAUGAAUAUCUUUUAUUCAAGAACUGUUGCACCAACGUUAAAAUGUAAAGUAAAGGUAAAUUACAACUGUAUAGCAAGUAAUAUUUACAAUUACACACCUUGGGGAGGAUAUUUUUUUUUUGAUCUCCCAUGCAGGUUAUAAAACGUAUCAACCUGUUGUGAGGUCAUCAGAGGGCGAUAUCCAAUAUCACCCUCUGAUGACGUCACAACAGGUUUACAUCACCCUGCAAUGAAAAAGGACAAAAAUUCUUUUAACAUUUUAUUCACUUUUUUGUACAAUGUUGUCAAACGAUUCGGAAGACGAACUUUGUCAGGCCCGUGUUACUUAGCUUCUUCAUCUGACCAUCAAGAACUUGUCUGAAACUCAAAUUCUGGAGUAUGUAGUAUAUCCAUAUCAGUUUUAUUCUUAAUCCGGAAAAUGUGAAACCAUCCCCAUAACUAAAUACGGAAUUCGGUGGGUAAUAUUCAUCAUUUUAUUUUGCUUACUUCCCAGACGAAUCUAGACAUCCAUAAAAUACGAUCUUAUAUCCUCAUAUCUUCCAGCGCACACAGGAUUUUUCGCUCACUAUCGUGUUUAUUAUUCUGCCACACUGACCAACUGUUAAAAAAGUUCACAACCCACUGAUUUCUGCAUAAGGUAUUUAUGGGCACGGUAUUGUUUGCACAUUCACUAACGACUUGUCACUCGAAAUUGAAAAGCGUUUAUCAUUUGUAUCUCACAAUCUGAAAUAUCAGAGUACAUAAAUCCUUUUUAAAUAUUUUCAGCAUAAAUUCUGCACUCUGGCUAGCUUUAAAUAAUUCUUUGUCAGAAUCUACGUUUUCUUUUUCAGCCAUAUUUUCUACAAACUUACUUGCGCGGAUCAGUUCGUCGUCUGAAUCGUUUCACAACAUUACACAAAAUGAAUGCCAGUUUGUGAACACGUGGUUACUAAAAUGUAAUGCUCGUGCAACUUACGACUUGUUUUCUUAAUUUUGUCAUAAACCAUUGUCUUAUAUAGGUGAAAUCAAUUAGGAUAGAUUUAACAUUGAUGUCGGUGUGUAAGACAAAUAUUACCCUUAUAACCUCGAUUAGGGUAAUAUUUAUCUCAUAUCAUAAGGUAGGCUACUAUUUUAUAACUUCAAACAGCACAAACUAGUUCAAUCAAAUCAGUCUGAUACAGACUCUUAGUCACUUUUAUUACCUAAGUUUGUUUCAAAUAUUAUGUUGGUGAAUUGCUUUGAUAAUUUUUCAUUUUGGAUGUGGGGUGUAAUUUUAAAAAAAAUAGAUCUGUCAACGUGUUAGUCUUUAAGAUAGGGUCGCUUUCGAUUUUUCUGAAGGGUACAUUUAAUCGCUGAAAUAUGUAGACAUAGGGGAAACCUAAAGAGAAAGGGAUUGGUGGAAAUUUAAGUGAGCAUAAUACUUGAUAUUUGGUCCACGUCGGCUGUGUCAAAAAGAUAAUGUUCUAAGAUGAAAACAGUGCAGACCAAACAAGCUGGGUAAAAACCCAAGCUUUCGUGAUAUAAUGGCACUAUAACUUCUUGUUUUUGUUUUCAUUAUAUUAGUUAAAUAUAUAUGUAUGUUAUAAUUUCUGUAUUUGUAAUUAAGACUAUUAAUGAUAAAACGGGGUUACAAUUAUUGUUAGAAGUAUAUUAAUAAAGAGCUGACUUCCAGGGGUAUGAGAGAUUACACAAAGACAAAGCAUUUUAAAUCGUGUACUUAAUGCAGUGUAGGGUGUUCAGGUUAAUGGGCAGAGAGCCGAAUAUUGAAAUUAAUCCUGAUAUACGGAGGCAGACCAUCAUUAAAUUUCACUAUCUCGGAACAAAUUGUAGUUCCUCUCUCUCUCUCUCUCUCUCUCUCUCUCUCUCUCUCUCGCUCUCUCUCUCCACUUUCUGCUCGUUUGCAAGGCCAUUUCGGAUGGACGUAGACGGUGUGAAUUAACAUUUGCUGCCAGGGUUUGGUAAAUAUUCAUGAUUUAUAGGCGAAAGGAUAACAGCGUUAAGAUUAGUUACAGUGAUAUGUACGGUGAAUAGUUACAUGGUUUUAGUACGCUACAUCAAGUUUGUAUAACUUAGAAUUUCAUUUGUCAACUUCCUACAAAAUCUUGAGCAAAGACAUGAUCAUUUGUUGUUAUGUCUGUAGUGAAAAUAGUUAACCCAGUAAAAAUUUGGUGAAAAGUAGGAGUCAGUCAAAGAGACCAGAAUUAACAUUGAAGUCGAUGGGUAAAUUAAUGGGGGUCUGCAUCCAUAAUACACGGCUGUUAUUUCCCUUUGAAACCGUUGAUUUUGUCCGUGUCGUCAUUAUUUGCCUUUCUAUGGUUUUGAAGAUAAACAGAACAACGAAAUGGAAUUCUAGUAACCACUUAACAAAUGACAUGGAAAAGAUAACCCAUCUUAUAAUGAACAUCCUUAUUUUUAUGCAGAAAAAGGCAAAUCCUUUGAUCUCAAAUUAUUAAAGAAGCUAAAUCGCUAAUAUUUGGGACCUAGAAAUUGACACAAAUGGGUAGCAACGCAUAUAAUAAUGUAAUACAAAUGUAUAUAAACUGAUUUACAUUCAA